UGGGCAAUGUGUCAACUCGGAGACAGGAGUCUGGCUCGGACCAAGAGAUCUACUCUCUGUGUAAAGCAGCUAAAAUGCUUCUGUUCACAUUGAGUAUGAAGUCUGUUGUUCCUGUAAAGAUGUCUGCUUACAAGAGAGCAACACUUGAUGAAGAGGAGCUGGUCGAUUCCAUUGGUGAGGGUGAGGUUUAUCCAAAUGGGGUCCAGGUCAACCUGCGUGGAGUGCGGCAGAAGCCUGGCUGUUGGACAGAGCGGACACACGUAGAAAAGCGGUUGCUGGCUCUGGUCUUGCUGCUUGGCGUGAGCCUCUUGGCAUGUCUGCUCUCGUUGGGACUGCAGUACCGAAAUUAUAAUGGCGUUUGCCUGUCUGAGCCUUGUGUGUCUGUCACCAGUUCCAUCCUCCGUUCCUUGGAUCGCUCUGUGGAUCCGUGCCAGGACUUCUAUAGCUAUGCUUGUGGAGGAUGGAUAAAGUCAAAUCCAGUCCCUGAUGGGCAUUCUCGCUGGGGAACCUUCAAUGAACUGUGGGAACAUAACCAGGCCAUCAUGAAGCACCUACUGGAAAACUCUACUAUGAAUAUUAGCAGUGCUGCAGAGCACAAGGCACAGCGAUAUUACCAAGCAUGUAUGAAUGAGACCAAAAUAGAAGGACUUGGAUCCAAACCGCUGCAAGAUCUGAUUGAAAAGCUUGGUGGCUGGAAUAUCACAGGCCCAUGGGAUCGGAACAAUUUCCAGGAGAUUCUUCAAUCCGUAACGGCUUAUUACCGCGCCUCUCCCUUCUUCUCCAUAUUUGUCAGUGCAGAUUCCAAAAAUUCCAGCAGUAACAUUAUACAGAUUGACCAGUCUGGACUGGGAUUACCGUCGCGGGAUUAUUACCUGAAUAAAACUGAAAAUGAGAAGGUCCUCAUUGGAUAUCUUAACUUCAUGGUUCAAAUUGGGAUGCUGCUGGGAGGCAGCGAGAAUAAUACGCGCGAGCAGAUGCAGGAGAUCUUGGACUUUGAGACGGCCCUGGCCAACAUAACUAUCCCUCAGGAUAAACGCCGAGAUGAGGAAGUGAUCUACCACAAGAUAACUGCAGGAGAGCUUAAGACUCUUGCCCCUGCGAUUGAUUGGAUGGCACUACUUCAGACAGUCUUCCACCCAGUGGAGAUCAAUGAGACGGAACCUGUGGUGGUUUACGCCAAGGAAUACCUUAUAGAUGUGUCUGCUCUGAUCAAUUCCACUAGCAAAAGGAUCCUUAAUAACUACGUUGUGUGGAAUGUAGUCAGGAAGGCCAGCUCUUUCCUUGACCAGCGCUUCCAGGACGCUGAGGAGAAGUUCAUGGAAGUCAUGUAUGGGACUAAAAAGACGUGUUUGCCUCGCUGGAAGUUCUGCAUUAGUGACACUGAUAACAACCUGGGCUUUGCGCUGGGUGCCAUGUUUGUCAAUGCCACCUUUGCUGAAAGCAGUAAGGUGCAGGCUGUGCAAAUGAUCAGAGAGAUCAAAACUGCUUUUGAGGAGAGUCUGAGCAGCCUGAACUGGAUGGAUGAAGAAACGCGCAAGGCAGCGAGAGAGAAGGCUGAAGCAAUCUAUGAUAUGAUUGGUUACCCCAACUUCAUCACAGAUCCUAAAGAACUGGAUAAAGUGUUCAAUGAAUAUGACGUGUAUUCUGAUCUGUAUUUUGAAAAUGUGAUGAACUUUUACAAUUUCUCUGCACGUGUGACCACUGAGCAGCUGCGCAAAGCACCCAACAAAGACCAAUGGAGUAUGACGCCUCCCACAGUCAAUGCUUACUAUUCCCCCACCAAGAACGAGAUUGUGUUUCCUGCUGGGAUCCUCCAAGCUCCAUUCUACAUGAGCACCUCCCCCAUGGCCUUGAACUUUGGUGGCAUUGGAGUUGUAAUGGGCCACGAGUUAACGCAUGCCUUUGAUGACCAAGGUUGGGAGUACGAUAAAGAUGGGAAUCUUCGUCCAUGGUGGAAGAACUCUUCUAUAGAAGCUUUCAAGACGCAAACUCAGUGCAUUACGGAGCAGUAUGGGAAUUACACUGUGAAUGGAGAGCCAGUGAAUGGCAAGCACACUCUGGGAGAAAACAUUGCAGACAACGGAGGACUGAAGGCUGCAUAUCGGGCAUACCGUAACUGGGUGCGGAGUAAUGGGGAGGAAAAGCUGUUGCCAUCACUGGACCUUUCCAACGAUCAGUUAUUCUUUGUGGGCUUUGCACAGGUGUGGUGUUCGGUGCGCACAGCUGAGAGUUCACAUGAGGGAUUGAUUACUGAUCCUCACAGCCCAUCCCGCUUCCGUGUCAUAGGCUCCGUCUCCAACUCGAAAGAAUUUGCAAGACACUUCAAGUGCCCUGCGGGGUCGCCUAUGAACCCACUCAAGAAAUGUGAAGUCUGGUGAAAGCUCACGGGAGAACAAGUGUGCAUGGGGGGGUAACCACUGGCGGGAAGGUUUGAGGCAUGCCACUAUCUUCCUCCAUUACUGGAGGCUUUUCAUUGGCUGGAUAAAAAAAAGAAAUCAAGGCAUUUGCUUUGUGGAUAAGUUUCCACGAGUUUCUUUCCCCUUCUUCCAGCUCAAGUAACUUGGUGCACUAAUCUGUUAGACAAUCCUUUCUAUGCACUUUCUGAAUGUUCCGUGUUUAGUCGUGAAGUACUGUCUGUGCCCCUUUACCCUUCCCCAACGCAUUUUGCUGUAGGAUUGAUGUGAGCCUGUUCUUAUGAGUGACUGUUCAGCUCAAUGAGAGCUGCUUGUGAUUGAAUGGUUGAGCACUGGUUAAAGGGAAACUUGGAGCAUCAUAACAAAUACAAUAAACUGUAGUUAUGUUGGUGAGUGUCCCUUUAAAUAGCCGUCUUUAAUAUAUAUUUUCAUUUUGCCUGCAUUUAAAGGGACAGUGCAGUGGGAGAAACCACUUCGUCUUACACAUUUCACAAUCUUCACUACUUGCCUUUUCCUAAUCUACAUAAAACAGAGCCUACAAUCUUAUUCUAGUGAAGAUUUACUUUAUGUUGAAACUUAAUCUUCUGAGCAGAGUUUUGUAUUGAUGUAUAUAUUCUAUACAUGUGUAUAUAAAUGUGUGUGAUUUUGUAUAUAUUUAUAUCACAUCUGGAUGUCUGAUUAAAAAGAUUGGUUUGUA